AUGGUCAACUCCUGUUGUGGCUCCAUCUGCUCUGACCAGGGCUGUGGCCAGGAGACUUGCUGCUGCCCCACCUGCUGCCGCCCCAGCUGCUGUGUGUCUAGUUGCUGCCGUCCCAGCUGCUGUGGAUCUAGCUGCUGCCGCCCCACCUGCUGCCAGACCACUUGCUGCCGGACCACCUGCUGCCGCCCCAGCUGCUGUGGAUCUAGCUGCUGUGGUUCCAGCUGCUGCCGCCCCAGCUGCUGUGGAUCCAGCUGCUGCCGACCCACCUGCUGCCAGACCACCUGCUGCAGGACUACCUGCUGCCGCCCCAGCUGCUGUGGUUCCAGCUGCUGCCGUCCCUCUUGCUGUGGAUCUAGCUGCUGUGGUUCUGGCUGCUGCCGUCCCUCUUGCUGUGGUUCCAGCUGCUGUGGUUCUGGCUGUUGCCGCCCCACCUGCUGCCAGACCACCUGCUGCAGGACCCAAUGCUACCGCCCCAGCUGCUCACAUCCAGAACCUCCACCCUCUGACAUCACGGUCAACUCCUGCUGUGCCUCCAUCUUCUGUGGUUCCAGCUGCUGCAGCCCCUGCUGCCACAUCUCCAGCUGCUGCAGCCCCUCCUGCUGUGGAUCCAGCUGCUGCUGUCCCUCCUGCUGCAGCUCCUGCUACCCUCACACCUGUGGCUGCCUGCGUCCAGUCUGUGGCCAAGUCUCCUGCCACACCAAUUGCUACCGCCCAACCUCUGUCAUCUCUACCUGUCCCCGCCCCAUGUGCUGCGCCUCCCCUGGCUGCUGA